CAUUCUAUCCAUAAUAACCAAAUUCUCAAUUGCUUUUCUUUACGAUACAUAAAUAAUAUUAUUAUUUAUUACUAUUUACUAUUAAUACAAAUCAAUAAUAUAUUUAUUACAUUUUCUAUAUAAAAAAAUAUUUAUCAAAAUGAACGAAUUUUUUUUGACGUCACAAAUAUCGAAAGUACAGUUCGAUCAUAUGAUUCACUUGACGCUUACGUAUAUAUGUAGUAUGUUUAGUUGAAUAAAAAAUUUGACGGAAAAUAGAUAAAAAAUACAAGUUCAAGUAUAAAAAAUAAGUAAUUAUUAAUUUUUUUCAAGUAUUAGAAUAACAUUGCAUUUAUUGAUAUGUGUCUUAAGUGUGUGUAAAAUAAAUUUCUUCUUUUUCUUAUACUUAACCUCCAUCAUCGUUGUUGUGUAAAUAAAACUGCGGAGUGCAACUCAAUAAGAACAAAAAAUCAGAUAAUAUAUAUGGCGGCGGAAGAGAUAAAUUGUAAUACAGCAAUAACCUCUUCAGAAGACACAAAACAAUCUGUAACUAGUACAUCACAACAUGCAGAAACAAAUAAGGAGCAAAACACUGUUAGGCCAAAUGAACAAACAAGUCGUCCCAAUAAUUUACAAAGAAUUCAACAAAGAAAGCAGCAAAUGUUUAAUUGGCCUCAAUUAAAAAAGUUAUUGAAAUUAGCUACUUAUAGUGCCUGUCAGGUUGUAGAUUGUAAAUGUACUGGUUGGAAAAAUGCACAACCUUUAACAAAAUCACCUAAAAAUGAAGUACAACAAGCAGUUACUAAUCUCUUUGAUCCAUGUAAAAGUUGUACUCAUAUUUUGAAAAGUCAUAUUACUCAUUUACCGACUCAGUCAGACGAAGAAAUUAAUAAACUAUUGGGUAUGGUGAUUGAUGCUGAUAAUAUAUUUAUGGGCAUACAUAGAGAAGAAGACCCAGAUACAAAAAAAGUAUAUUAUUAUUUAUAUAAGCUUCUAAGAAAAUGUAUACUAUCUAUGACAAAACCAACAAUAGAAGGUCCUUUAGGUCAACCACCAUUUGAAAGGCCCAGUAUAGCAAAAGCAGUGAUGAAUUUUGUUUUAUAUAAAUUUGGUCACUUAUCUCAAAGAGAAUGGCAAGCUAUGUGCGAUAUGGCAAAAAUGUUUUUACAUUGCUUGAAUCAUUGGAAUUUUGAAGCACCUAGUACUAGAAAGGCAACAGUCAAUAGUGAUGAGGCACCAGCUUACAAAAUAAACUAUACACGAUGGCUUGUGUUUUGUCAUGUACCUGCAUUUUGUGACUCUUUACCUCAUUAUGAUACACCAUUGGUAUUUGGUAGAACUUUGUUACAAGCUGUCUUCAAACCAGUGUGUAGACAAUUAAUGGAUAAAUGUCACAAUGAAAGAGACAAAAUAACCCCUGAAAAAAGAGUUCUUGUCUUGACACAUUUUCCAAAAUUUCUUUCUAUGCUGGAAGUAGAAAUUUAUUCAGACAAUUCUCCAAUUUGGGAUCCUGAAUUCAAACAAGUACCUCCUUCACAUUUACAAGUUAAUUUAGAACCAAAAGGAAGUCAAGGAAGGAGAACAGGGGAAUUUGAAAAAGUUACAGUUGUUCCAAAUGACAAAGACAAUUUUACGACAAUAAAUAUAAGUCCGGGAAUUAAAAAACUUCAUGAAAAAAGACCACAUUCUGAAAGUCGAUUAGAUGCAAAAAGACGAAAAAACGAAGAAUCUUUUGAAGAUCUUCCCGAUGAAACUGUUGCAGAAAUUGUUGCGACUAUCAACGAUCCUAAUUACAUGUGUGGACCCGACGCUGUAUUUCCACCAAAUGUACCACGAGACGAAACCGCGAAGAUAGAAGAAAGUAGAAAAAUUAUUGAGUUUCAUGUUGUAGGAAAUAGUCUAACACAACCAGUUUCAAAACAAACAAUGCUUUGGUUGAUCGGUUUACAUAAUGUUUUCAGCCAUCAGUUACCCAGAAUGCCAAAAGAAUACAUAUCUCAAUUAGUUUUUGAUCCGAAACACAAAACUUUAGCUUUAAUAAAAGAUGGACGUCCUAUUGGUGGUAUUUGUUUCCGCAUGUUUCCAACUCAAGGUUUUACAGAAAUAGUAUUUUGUGCUGUUACAAGUCAAGAACAAGUAAAAGGAUAUGGUACACAUCUAAUGAAUAUGCUUAAAGAUUAUCAUAUAAAAAAUAAUAUAUUACAUUUUCUGACAUUUGCGGAUGAAUUCGCUAUCGGGUAUUUCAAAAAACAAGGCUUCAGCAAAGACAUAAAGUUACCACGUGCAAUGCACCAAGGAUACAUUAAAGAUUACGAAGGUGCUACGUUAAUGCAUUGUGAAUUAAAUGCUAAAAUUGUAUAUACGGAAUUCACAGCAGUUAUAAGAAAACAGAAAGAGAUCAUUAAAAAAUUAAUUCAGCAAAGGCAACAAGAAAUUCAAAAAAUUCAUCCAGGUUUAACAUGCUUUAAAGAAGGCGUAAGAGGUAUACCAGUAGAAUCUAUUCCUGGAAUACGUGAAACCGGAUGGAAAAGUUAUGCUCAAACUAGAACGAGAGGUGUAGCUAAAGGAACUCAAGGACCAGAACCAAUGGAAGCAUGCUUAGACAUUACGGAUUCGUUGUACAAUGCACUCAAAAAUGUGCUAAAUAGCGUAAAAAAUCAUAGUGCAGCUUGGCCGUUCUUAAAACCAGUAGAUAAAAAUGAUGUACCUGAUUAUUAUGAUCACAUAAAAUAUCCAAUGGAUCUUAAAACUAUGACAGAUCGUUUAAAAGCUAGAUACUAUGUAACUAGAAGAUUAUUUAUAGCCGACAUGACACGAAUUUUUACAAACUGUCGCUUAUACAAUAGCCCUGACACCGAAUAUUAUAGAUGUGCUAAUGCUCUCGAAAAAUAUUUUCAAACUAGAAUGAAAGAAAUUGGAUUGUGGGACAAAUAAAAUCUUUCUUAUAUUUAUGAAAAUAAGAAUAUUAUUUGAAUAAAAAUUAACUCUUUAUACAAAUUCAAGUUUUAAACAACGCUAAUGUACAUUAAUUGUUUAAGGCAAUGGUUUUUUUCGUAGUCGAUAUUAUUUAUUUUUAAAUAUAACUUUAGCAUAUAUUUGACAUUUUCAAUUGACCAUGUUGAAAAAAAAUUGUGGCAAUGUCACAAAUUUUGAGAAAUUUGUGGUGAAGGAUGAACUUACUCACCUAUUUUUAAAUAUUUUUAUUAUAGUUAUUAUAUUAAGGUAGGAAUAUAGAAGUUGUACAUUUUUAAAUAUCUCUGUAUACUAUUAAAGCAUUGUAAAAACACAUUUUAGUUUUAUUAGAAUAAAAAAAGUGUUAAGAGAAAAUGAUGAGUUUAUAAACUGUUUUUAGCAUUUCUUUUUGCAAUUUAAUUAAUAUCAUUAACUGAAUAAUUAAUUAUUCUAUCCGACAAUGAUUUUAAUUAUCAUUCUAUU